AGCGGAUUCUGCCCGCCGCCCCCGGAGCCCUCGGCGCCCCACUGAACCCGCGAUCGCUUCCUCCCUGUGACCGACCAGCGCUGCAGCUCAGAGCCCGGCAAUGCCGUUUGGGUGUGUGACUCUGGGUGACAAGAAGAACUAUAACCAGCCAUCGGAGGUGACUGACAGAUAUGAUUUGGGACAGGUCAUCAAGACUGAGGAGUUCUGUGAGAUCUUCCGGGCCAAGGACAAGACAACAGGCAAGCUGCACACCUGCAAGAAAUUCCAGAAGCGGGAUGGCCGCAAGGUGCGGAAGGCAGCCAAGAACGAGAUAGGCAUCCUCAAGAUGGUGAAGCAUCCCAACAUCCUGCAACUGGUGGAUGUGUUUGUGACCCGCAAGGAGUACUUUAUCUUCCUGGAGCUGGCCACGGGGAGGGAGGUGUUUGACUGGAUCCUGGACCAGGGCUACUACUCGGAGCGAGACACGAGCAACGUGGUGCGGCAGGUCCUGGAGGCGGUGGCCUACCUGCACUCACUCAAGAUCGUGCACAGGAACCUCAAGCUGGAGAACCUGGUUUACUACAACCGGUUGAAGAACUCAAAGAUCGUCAUCAGCGACUUUCACCUGGCUAAGCUAGAGAAUGGCCUCAUCAAGGAGCCCUGUGGGACCCCCGAGUACCUGGGCAAGCAGGGAGUGGGGCGGGGCAGGGUGGGACACAGCCUUCAAUGAGUGGCUCUGGGUAGGGGGGGGAAGGAAGUCCCUAUCCCAGCAAAUGGGUGUGAGCGGUACAAGGCCUGGCCAGGCCUGAUAUUGACCAGCCGGUGGACACUGUUUGCAGCCCCAGAGGUGGUAGGCCGGCAGCGGUAUGGACGCCCUGUGGACUGCUGGGCCAUUGGAGUCAUCAUGUACAUCCUGCUUUCAGGGAAUCCACCUUUCUAUGAGGAGGUGGAGGAAGAUGACUAUGAGAACCACGACAAGAAUCUCUUCCGCAAGAUCCUGGCUGGCGACUAUGAGUUUGACUCUCCAUACUGGGAUGACAUUUCGCAGGCGGCCAAAGACCUGGUCACAAGGCUGAUGGAGGUGGAGCAAGACCAGCGGAUCACCGCGGAAGAGGCCAUUUCCCAUGAGUGGAUUUCUGGCAAUGCUGCUUCUGAUAAGAACAUCAAGGAUGGCGUCUGUGCCCAGAUUGAAAAGAACUUUGCCAGGGCUAAGUGGAAGAAGGCUGUCCGAGUGACCACCCUCAUGAAACGGCUCAGGGCACCGGAGCAGUCCAGCACGGCUGCAGCCCAGUCUGCCCCAGCCACAGACACUGCCACCUCUGGGGCUGCAGGCGGGGCCACAGCCGCAAGUGGAGCUGCCCCAGCCCUUGGGGGCAGUGCCACCCCAGCCACAGCGGGUGAUGUUACGAAGAGCGAUAAUGUAGCCCCUGCAGACCGUAGUGCCACCCCAGCCACAGAUGGCAGUGCCACUCCAGCCACUGAUGGGAGCAUCACCCCAGCCACUGAUGGGAGCAUCACCCCAGCCACUGAUGGGAGUGUCACCCCAGCCACCGACAGAAGUGUUACUCCAGCCACUGAUGGGAGAGCCACACCAGCCGUGGAAGAGAGCACCGUGCCCACUACCCAAAGCAGUGCCACACCGGCCACCAAGGCUGCUGCCACCCCUGAGCCAGCUUUGGCCCAGCCGGACAGCACAGCCCCAGGGGGCGCAACAGGCCAGGCUCCACCCUCUAGUAAAGGGGAAGAGGCUGCUGGCUCUGCCCAGGAGUCUCGGAGGGAGGAGACCAGCUGAGUGGGCAGGCUGUGGGGGGGCGGGGGAUGGGCAGGAGGGUGGGAGAGUGGAUGAGGGGCUUCUCACUGUACAGAGAGUCACUGGCAUGAUGCCCUCGCUGCCCCCCGCCCCAGCCUCCCAGCAUGGGGCAUGUCUGGGGGCCACAGGAGAGCAGUUUCAUCUCCUGUGUGUAUGUGUGUGAGUGGUGGGCAGGCCAGAGGCAGGACCAGCCCCAGCCCCUGCAUGGAUUCCUUGUGGCUUUUCUGUCUUGCUAGCUUCAUCAGUUUCUGUUUCUUGUGGGAUGCUGCUCUAGGGAUACUCAGGAGGUCCCUGCACCCCUCCCCCUUCCCUUUUUGCCUCACAAUUCCCCCAGGCAGGCCCUGCAGGUCCCAUCCUCUCCCAGGCCCUAAAUUGGGUGGCCUUGCCCUGAGAGCUGGUCCUCCAGCGAGGCCCUGUCAGCGGUCUUAGGCUCCUGCACAUGAAGGUAUGUGCCUGUGGUGUGUGGGCUGCUCUAGGAGUGGAAACAGGCUGGUAUAGAGAAUGCUAUAAUCUCAGGCAGUAUGCUUUAAGACAAGACUGGUCACAUGGCUGGGGGCACUGCUUGGUAGCCAUGGGGGUCCUCAGAAGUGAAAGAGAAUGAGUUGGAGGCUAGAAGCCUCCAUCUUUGUCCCUGGGAAGUCUCUCCCAAGACUCUUGUUCUAUUUCCUGCCCUCCUGGGUCCUGCAGUGGGUUGCCCUGUGCCCUGAACUGCCUGAGCCUGUAAGGGGAAGGAGGAGCAAUGAGGAUGUGGCAAUGAGAUCUGGGAGGGCAGAGUGCAGGCCCAGCACCUAGUGUAUCAGCCUAGCUGGGUCCUUACCCUGGGCCAAACAAGGAGUGCUGCCCCUGGCUCUUCCCACAUGGGCUCCCUCAGGCUCAGUCCACAGUCCUCUCCAUCCCUGGGGGCCUGCCGUAUGGCAGUGUCCCAUAGUCUGAUUCGGGGUUUGCCCUUCACAGGGGCAGAUUUUCUGCUCUCUCAAUUCAACAGCAAAAUAGAGAGGAACCCCCUCUAUGUCUAUGACCCACUUUCCCUUCUAUCAAGGCUUGGAGAGAGGCCCAGGUGCCUCUGAGCCAUGCUGAGUUGCUUUUGCUGGAAUGAGAGAGUGGAACAAAGCUCCCCAGUUUCCUAAUGGAGGCUCCUGGCAGGUGCCCUUUGUCAGACCCCACUACAGCCUGGGCAGGCAGCCGCACUGGUCCUGGCCCUCGCUUGGCACUUGGGGGUAGUCCUGCCCUUCUCCCUGCAUGCCUGUGGGUCUGCUCCGGUGUAUGAAGGUCGGUGGGCUGUGUACCUGCUGAACCUGGCAAAUAAAUGUCAC